AUGAGACCGUUAAGAGAUGAUGCCAAACGCCGGGCAGACCGGCAGAUGAGCGCAAGUAUGAAACCUACUUGGUCGAACCGUCCAUUUUCAGAUCGAGUGCCAGACAGAUUUAAAGAUGGCGAUGAUGCCCAUGUUGAUUUCACAGCUCCGCCGCAAGGUAUGGGUUCACGGGAUGGCAACGUGCAUUAUAUGCAGCAGUCCCUCUUCUCCAUGAUUGCUGCUGUUGGAUCCAAGUCAGAUUUCCACACCCGGUUUGAGGAAUCAAGCGAUAGUGAUGGAGAUAUGGAAGAACACCCGCGCAUGGAGCAGACUAUUGGAAAAACAUCUCAAGCUCCUAUGCCAUCCUUCGACUAUCGCCACCCAAGUAAAAGAUCGGAACCAAACACACUCGUUCAAGAAGAAAGAGGACGUCGUCAUCAAAGGGCCAGGUCAGACAAUAAACUUUUGCAGAGAGUAUCCACGUUAGAUUUACAAGGCGGGGCAAACGAGUCGUCAAACCAAAUCGACUCGACCGUCAAGGCACCUUCUCUAAGGCGAACUCGCAGUGCGACACCGCGAGCAGCCCCAGUUCUAAGUCGCAUGGUUGAAGCGCAAUCUCACUUUGACUUAACCUCAAUAACACCACACUUGCCAUCCAAUCCAGACAAACCUAUGGAAGACCAGCAGCAAUCAUCUGCGUCCGCUCUUUCUACGCGAUUGAUGAAGAUGUUUGAUUUUGCGAAGCCUGAAAAAGUUUUGGUGGAGUAUGCUUGCUCAUUGCUCCAGAGCAUGCUUCUUCAAGGCUAUAUGUAUGUGACCGAAGGACACAUCUGCUUUUACGCCUACCUUCCAAAGAAGUCCAACGUGGCGAUAAAGUCAGGGUACCUAUCCAAACGCGGCCGCAAGAACCCCACGUAUAAUAGAUAUUGGUUUGCUCUGAAGGGCGAUGUUCUCUCCUAUUACGCAGACCCCUCUAAUCUCUAUUUCCCUAGCGGACAUGUCGAUCUUCGAUAUGGGAUCUCUGCCUCUCUCACAGAACGCAAAGACGGUGACACGAAAGACUUCCAGGUGACCACUGAUCAGCGAACUUAUUUAUUCAGAGCAGACAGUGCUACCAGUGCGAAGGAAUGGGUGAAGGCUCUCCAAAAAGUCAUCUUCCGGACGCAUAAUGAAGGUGACAGUGUCAAAGUAUCAUUCCCAAUAGCGAAUGUUAUUGACCUGGAGGAGAGCCCAAUGGCCGAUUUCGCCGAGACAUUCAAGAUUCGAGUUCUUGACAGCGGCGAAACAUAUGCGAUUGAUGAGUACUUCUUCUCGUUCUUUGAUUCGGGAAAAGACGCAUUCAACUACAUCAAAGGCCUAGUCAAUGCCGCGUCGGAGACCACCCCAAUGAAGGAUCCGCAGGUCCAACACGACAUCAAACAUCAACCCGAAUCAAGUCAUACUGCCUAUAAGAGACAGUCAGUCAGCUGCGUUCGAGUGUCCGAUCAUGGGGAGGAAGGCUCACCACGCAAGCGAAGCUCCAGUGUAGGGAAUGAAAACCAAGGCUCGGCGGACUCAUUUGCGGAGCAAGGGACCGGAUCAUCGCCGAUUAUUCAGUCGAUGACAGAUACCACUGAAUCAGCCAGUCAGAUACUGAACAGAAGCGACGUAUUUCAAUCACCCACUAUGCACACUCUACAAAGGCGCCCACUGGAUGCGGGAGAAACUGUUCGACGACUUUCUGACGAUACGACUCCCUCUGCGUCUGUACAGCUGGACCUGGGUGCAAUGGCAGACUCACCAUCUGCAACACUAGGCCGCAAGGAAGUCACCGAAGCCACCCGUUAUCCCACUGGUCAACCUAAUCCAAUGGAAUCCUCGAGACCGAGCUCGGUCACUCAUCUGAACGAGCUUGUCAAGGCGGGUGCAUAUCCCCUUCAACGUGCCGCUGGCUUUGCAGAGUACCUCAAGAGCCGCUCGAAACAGAUGAGUACACUCCUAGCAACAGAGUCAAUGGGCUAUAUAGAAAAGGUCUCUGGCAUGUGGAUUGGUGGCCAGAAACAUUAUGGAGAGCGAGAAGGGCCAUUGCAAGACCAGAACGUUGAUCCUGAGGAUAACGAAGGAGCAUUCAAUUAUGGGGAUCGCUUCCGUGCUCACUUUGCUCUUCCGUCUACUGAAAAACUGCAGGCGACUUAUUACGCCUACUUGCAUCGCGUGCUCCCGCUCUACGGUAAGAUCUAUAUAAGUCAGAAGAAGCUUUGCUUCCGCAGUCUGAUUCCUGGUACUCGGACCAAAAUGAUUUUACCGUUCAAAGACAUUGAGAACAUUGAAAAAGAGAAGGGCUUCCGCUUUGGAUACCAUGGACUUGUUGUCAUCAUCCGCGGCCAUGAAGAGCUGUUCUUUGAGUUUAACGCCUCAGACUCACGAGAUGAUUGUGCUGUCACAUUGCAUCAAAAUCUGGAGUCUGCGAAAUUCCUAGUGGAAUCUGGCUUGCUAGCAGAUGAAGAACGAGACGAAGUGGAAGCAGCGAAGGCUGAGCACCGCAUGCUUCAAGAAGCAAGACUGGACGGCCCCGAGGAACACGAUGAGCUUCCUACUUCUACUGAGGACUCAUCAGAGAUACAUCCGUUCUUCGACGAUCCUCGCGCUUCCAUUAUCAACUUCAAACCUCCUGAGCCUUUAAGGAUUACCUGCCUGACUAUCGGCUCCCGGGGCGAUGUACAACCGUACAUCGCACUUUGCAAAGGACUGCUUGCGGAGGGCCACAAGCCGAAGAUUGCAACGCACGCCGAGUUCGAGCCCUGGAUCAGAAAACAUGGAAUUGACUUUGCUCCCGUUGAUGGUGAUCCUGCGGAACUAAUGCGGAUUUGCGUGGAGAACGGGAUGUUUACAUACUCCUUCCUCAGGGAAGCUUCAUUGAAGUUCAGAGGAUGGAUCGACGAUCUUUUGUCGUCCGCUUGGAUUGGUUGUCAGGGUAGUGACCUUCUAAUCGAGUCACCGAGCGCCAUGGCUGGAGUUCACAUUGCGGAAGCUUUAAGAAUUCCGUAUUUCCGCGGAUUCACCAUGCCAUGGACAAGAACACGGGCCUACCCCCAUGCUUUUGCAGUGCCAGAGAAUCGCAUGGGUGGAGCAUACAACUACAUCACAUACGUCAUGUUCGACAAUAUCUUCUGGAAGGCAAUCGCGGGGCAAGUGAACCGCUGGCGAAAUAAUGAGUUGGGAUUGAAGGCCACAACAUUGGACAAGAUGCAGCAAAACAAAGUCCCGUUCCUUUACAAUUACUCGCCAUCCGUGGUGGCCCCGCCUCUCGAUUACCCAGAUUGGAUUCGCAUUACUGGCUACUGGUUUUUGAAUGAGGGUACAGAUUGGACACCUCCAAUUGAACUAUCGAAUUUCAUUGCACAGGCCAGAGCGGAUGGCAAGAAGCUCGUGUAUAUUGGGUUUGGAUCCAUUGUGGUUUCAGAUCCUUCUGCCCUGACACGGACUGUCAUCGAAUCGGUCCAGAAAGCAGAUGUACGAUGCAUUCUCUCGAAAGGAUGGUCCGAUAGGCUUGGUGACCCGGCUAGUACGAAGACUGAGAUACCCCUACCACCAGAGAUUCUUCAGAUCCAAUCUGCACCCCACGACUGGCUUUUCUCUCAAAUCGAUGCUGCAGCCCAUCACGGUGGAGCAGGAACCACCGGCGCAAGUCUUCGAGCCGGUCUCCCCACCAUCGUCAAGCCAUUCUUCGGAGAUCAAUUCUUCUUUGGCUCCCGGGUGGAGGAUCUAGGCGUUGGCAUCUGUAUGAAGAAACUGAAUGUCAGCGUCUUCUCACGGGCUCUCUGGGAGGCGACGCACAGCGAACGUAUGAUUGUCAAGGCACGGAAUCUGGGCAUUCAGAUUCGCAAUGAAGACGGCGUGGCCACUGCAAUCCAGGCCCUAUAUCGUGAUCUUGAAUACGCUAAGACGCUGGCCCGGCAAAAGUCGCUUGCCUCGUCCACCCCGUUCUCUCCUACGCCCACAGCUAAGACCUCCCCAGAUGGAGGCGAUGAUGAACUUGAUGAUAUUGAAGAAUGGACCUUUGUCGGUGAAGAAACUGGCUUCGACAUCUCGAAGCGAGUGCGUGAUCGAGCUGCUUCAGAUGCCGACAAGCUAGGUACCAACAUGUUCCAAUGA